GCCCUACCCGGAAGAGCCUAUUGUCCGACUCAGAUGGAACAGAUCGCCAACUGUGUGACGCAUGUCCCUCUGGUCCCACUUAGCAUAUUCGGUUUGGUCCGGCUGUAUGGGAAAGCAACCAGUUGGGCUCAGUGUUUCGCAGCUGUUGUGUACGGCACGGCAGUCUGUUGUCUGUUCCUCGCCUCAUCCUCGUUCCAUCUAUGCUCGUUACUGGCCCACGACAGGCUGCUCGAUCUAUUUAGUGUAAUUGCUCCAACUUUCGAGCCAGAACAGUCUUAUUUUUAA